CCCAGAGGUCACUAAAUCAUUGCUAUAUGUGUACAUAGACUGUACAAGGAAUGUAAAGCUACAAAGCAUAUUAACUAUAAAGUGGGAAUGAAUGUAUAAUGGGAUAAUGUCUUUACAAAAUGUUAAGGGAAAAAAUUAGUGAAAAUUCUACAUCAGUCUGUGGUUUGGCUCACAACAGGUAUGAAGUUGAUGACUUCAUAGUGUCGCCCCCGUCCAAUGAGGAUGGGGGAUUCUUUCACCUGCGUUAUGGUCGAGCUCCAAGCCCCCGUCCCUCCACCUAUGACCGUAUCAACCAGGAGCUGGGCAUGACAGUCGAGGUCAAAGAUGGUGACCCUGUGCUCAGCAGUGGGGGGAAGAGUGACAGCUUGACCAGCCCAACCACCACCUUGUCCAUCAGUCCCCAAGGGCUCUCUGUGCAGGGCUCUCAAGAGGGAUCACCCAGCUCCCCCGGGGACAGGGAGCACAAUAUCAAGCCUCUCCUGGUUCUGCCUUUUAAGUUUGGAGACUGCACUGCUGCCACAAGUGACAGCACGAGUGCAAACUCUGAUAGCAUUUCUGAGACAUUGGAACCAACUUCAUCCUCAAAGGGCUUUCAGCCUCUUGAUACAAAUUUGAUAAAUGAGAUUCAAGAAAGCCUAACAAAAAUUACUGUAGAAGACUCUUCAAGAUUAUCAGAUCAAAAUGGUCAGAAUGCUCAAGUUGGCUCAGAGAAACCAGAAAAGGAGCAUGCAGUAACUCGGAAAAUUCCCCGUGAAGCUAAUCUCAAGUUGUCCUUGACUGAAAAGAUCCAGGACUUUUCUGGAGCUUCACAACCAGCUUCAUCAGUAGUUUCAACUCCUUUUGUCACUCCACUGACAACUCCGCAGUCUUCACCCCGCUCCAAGAGAAAGAUAUCAGGAGUCAUUGUAGACCAGGGCAACAUGUCUUCCACUCAGAAUUACUUUUUCACCAGACCAUUUUCAGGAUCACAAGACACAGGCUCAGCACUCUCACCUGAGGCUAAUACUGUUUCUCUGUCUGCAUCAGCAUUACAAGGAGCCCAAAAGCUUGAAGAUGGAGCAGCUCAAGCACUGAGCAUUGACACCUCUCAAAUGGUAUCUGCUAAAAAGAAACAGAGACCAAAAGCCUCAAAAUUAAGAGAAAUGAAUUUCUGGGCCCCAACCUCUAUGUAAUAAGGAAAUGAAAACGAAGAACACUGUUCAAUGAACAUGCAAAUGCUGAUAUCAUUCGAAAGCCAUUGGCUCUUGUAGUAAUAUAUUGAUAUUGUGGUUAAUGUACCUGAGUGAUUAGGACAUAGUUUUUUUAAUUAUUUGACAAGAAUUAAAAGGGGAAGUAGAUAUUAUCUUACAACUUUUAUUAGAUUAUUGAAAAUCUUUGUUGUUGAAUUGUUAUGUAUAUGAUGAUUAUAUUUACUUAUAUGCCAGUUUUGUAUCUUAAAAAAAAUAUUUUUUGUAAUACCUGUCUUGACAUUUGUGGUUUCACCUACUCAAGCUUAUUGCUUCAUAUAUCUCUGUAAGGGAUUGAGGAUUGAGUUGGAAUGUUCAGUCUAGUUAUUAAUGUGUAACUUUAGUUUUAUAGGCUGUAUUUGACAUUCAUACAGACACUGAUUUUGUAACUCCUUUUACAAAAUUAAUUUAUUGUGCUAUGUUAUAGAAUAUAGUUGUAGUUUUCUUUUUCUUAUGGACAUGAAAGCAAAAUAUUUGCUAAAUUACAGCUGUUUAUUUUUGUAAAUUUUUGGUUGCAUUUUUCUUUCUGAACAAAUAAUAUGAUUCGUAAGCAUUUUGGAAUUUUUUCUUUGAUGUUAUGAUACCUUCUGAAAUGUGUGCAUUAUUAGCAACAUUAUAGAAAUGAGUUGUAUUUAGUUGUCUGAAGCUGAGAAUAUAUUUUAUUCUUUGAAGUUGAAUAGUUAAUGUAUGCAAAUGUUUUAUGCUGUCCCAUUAUUUUGAGAUCUUUCUUUCUUCCUCUCUCCCUUCCCUUCCCUUCCCUUCCCUUCCCUUCCCUUCCCUUCCCUUCCCUUCCCUUCCCUUCCCUUCCCUUCCCUUCCCUUCCCUUCCUCACAUCCACCCCUUUCAGCCCUCACUCCCUCUUUCCCCCCAGUUCCUCUCUCUUUUCCUUUUGUUCUUCUCCCCCUAUUGCCCCUCUCUUUAUCCCUCUCUCCCCUUCUGUGGGUGUCGGUGGUAUUUUUCUAACAGCAUUAUGUGUUUUUCAAGGAAGUUAAGUAGGUUUAAGAUGUAUUGUUAGUUUCUUAAAAGUCUCAACUACAUUCAUGAAUACCUUAUGAUGUUACUUCCCUUUGUAUACUUAAAUACUUGACUCUAUAAGCUGUAACAUUGUUCAUGUUGGACGUUCUAGAAGUAGGACAAAGCUUUUAUUAAGCUUUUUGUUAUUUUAUGGUCAUCCAAACUUUAGUGGACAAUGCCAUAUUUUUAGUUAAGGCAUGCAAAUUUUCUCAUUUCUGUCAACAUUAAAUCUAUCUAUCUCUCUCUCUCUCUCUCUCUCUCUCUCUCUCUCUCUCUCUCUCUCUCUCUCUUUCUCCCUCUCUCCCUCUCUCCCUCUCUCCCUCUCUCCCUCUCUCCCUCUCUGUUUCUUUUUUUCUUUUUUUUCUUUUUUUUCUUUCUUUCUCUUUCUCCCUCUCUCCUUUUCCUGCUCGGUUUCUGUCUCUCUCCCAAAAUCUCUUUAUCUCACUUCACUCUUGCAUGCAGUUGCUGUACACAUUUCUAGAAGUGUAUCUGUUGAUUGAUAAAUAUUGAUAAAUUUGUGUUAGGCUUAUUUCUAAUACAACAAUACUGAAGUCUUUCGUAGUGCAUACUCAUUCAUUUAAAGGGUUGUUCUGUUUGUUUUGAAUUGGAAAAAUACAUGUAGAAAUUUAAAGAGUGCUCACACUAGUAAAACAUUAAAUUAUUUUCAGCA